AUGGGAUUCGGAAAAUUCUCAAUCUCAAACACAACCACGCUCUUUCGCUCUUUACUUUCCACACCCACUCUCCAUCAUCACCACCACAUUCCACUCCGCUUCUGCACCACCACCAACCCCCCCUCCGAUCUCGACGACGCUGACUCAGCCACUCCUUCCCCCUCACCCGAACCAACCGAAAGAGCCUUCUACGAUCGACCCCUCGAGAAUGGCCUCGAUCCCGGCAUUUACAGAGCGAUAUUGGUAGGCAAAGCAGGGCAAAAACCGUUGCAGAAGAAACUCAAGAGCGGUACUGUGGUUACUCUGCUGUCAAUUGGAACCGGUGGUAUUCGCAACAAUCGGAGACCUCUGGAUCAUGAAAACCCUAGGGAGUAUGCUAAUCGAUGCGCCGUUCAGUGGCAUAGGGUUACAGUUUAUCCUGAGAGAUUGGGGAAUCUUCUCAUGAAAAAUGUUCUUCCUGGUUCAACUUUGUAUAUUGAAGGAAACCUUGAGACUAAGGUUUUCUCUGAUCCUAUUACAGGACUUGUUCGCCGAAUUAGAGAAGUUGCUGUACGUCGACAGGGUCGUGUUGUAUUUUUAAGUCCGGGUGAUGAUUCUGAGCAACAGGCACAACAAAAUGACCUGAGAGCUGUUGGCUAUUAUUAA